ACACUGGUUGGUCACAAUAACAUUUUGAGUCAUACGCACGUGGUUCAUUUCGAAUAUUGUUUUGAGUUUUGAAUUACGUGUUUGUUGUGUUGAUAAUUUACAGAUAGCAGGUCUGAUUAAGUGGUUUGGUACUACAUUAAGCGCUAUUUCAUCAUUUAGCUGUACAUCUGUAUCAAUGUUAAUCGUACUAUGGCAAACGGAGACUUAGGUGCUUGGCAAUUUUCAACAGAGAUACCCUUUGCCACGGAGAGACACGCAACUAUUGCCUACAAUUCAUUAAGGAUCGACAAGGAACCACGAAAAGGUGGGAUCACGCGAAAUAUUACCACCGACGGAAAGUUGUUAAAAGUUAACUGGGAAGCUAAAGAAGGAAGAAUUUUAAGAGUCUCAAUCAACUCUUUUUUCGAACUCCUGUUACUAGUUAUUGACACCAUUGAUCAGUUUGAUUUAGUUAACUAAGAUGAGUUUAUUGACUCGAAAAAGCAUUAAUUUUGUUUUAAAGCCUCAGGCAUGUUAUAUUGGUGGCUUACACUCAUGUACAAAUUUAAAACAUUCUUUUACCACCUGUCCUUUAAAGAAACUACAAGAUGUUCGUAACACUCAUACCUUAAGACGCAGUUUUUUCCAACCAUAUAACUUGAGACUUAACUUUUCAACCACCAGUAAAUCCAUUGACAAUAAUCGCAAAGGAGUCCUGACGAUGGAUGAAAUUUAUAAUCUAAUUGUAGAAGAAAAUGGGCGAGAUAUUACGGUUAUAAAAUUGAGCAAGGAGGCAAAUUAUGCCGACUAUUUUACCAUUGUAACUGCAAACUCUUCGCGGCAUUUGGUUCAUAUGGCGGAAACCUUAAACCGACUGUACAAAGUCCGGAAAAGUGAAAAUGACCCAUUCUGUCUUAUCGAAGGCAAAAGGUCAAGUCGUGAGUGGCAAUGUAUAGACGUGGGAAAUGUAGUCGUUCAUUUCAUGCUUCAAGGUAUGAGAGAUAAAUACCAAAUGGAAAAGUUGUGGCUGCUCGGUCCGAAGUAUGAUGAUCUAACAAGAGAAAUGCCAACAAUUGAUGAAAUGAUCAAACAAGCAACAGAACAAGGUCUACGUCUAAUGUCAACUGUUGGGGAAGAUCAUGUAAAUUUCCUUGAGGACAGUGAGAUUAUAAAUCCUUGGGAAAUAGCUUAUAAAGAAGAAACGAAUAAUUCAGAUACUGUUGAAUUUGAUGACGAUGAUGAAUAUAUUGUGUAACUCUAAUAUACAAAUGUUUCAUACUGAUUUACAAUAAUUCAACUGUAAACUUUUCAACAAAUUUAAUUAUUAUGCUACUUGUAUUUUUUAUUUGGAAGUGCUGCCCUAGUAAUAAGCCAUUUUUUGUUUCAG